CCCGUGUCCAAUUCUCAAAUGCUGAAUUUAUCAUUUCCAAGCUGCAAAAAUGCUAAUAUCAUUCAAAAGCUAGUCACCCUUCAUGAAAAAUUCAAAUCAAUGUUUGAGCUCAAGCAAAUACAUGCUCUGCUCCUCACUUGUGGCCUCUCCCAAGAACAGUCUUUGACAUCCAAAAUCCUUUCUUUCUCGGCGCUGUCUGAUUUGGGUAACAUCGACUACUCAUAUCGGGUUUUGUCACAACUCCCCAACCCAACAAUUUUUGACUGGAACACCGUUAUUAGAGGUUACUCCAAGAGCAAAAACCCAAACCGUUCCAUAUCUGUCUUUGUCAAAAUGUUGCGUGAUGGGGUCUCACCAGACUACUUAACGUACCCUUUUCUUGCAAAGGCAUCAGCCCGCUUAUUGAAGCGAGAACUUGGUGUGGCUGUGCAUGCCCACAUUGCCAAAAAUGGUUUUGAGUUCGAUAGGUUCAUAAGUAAUUCUUUGAUUCAUAUGUAUGCUGCCUGUGGGGAUAUCACAUAUGCAUGUAAGGUGUUCGAUGGAAUUCUUGUGAAAAACUCGGUUUCUUGGAAUUCCAUGUUGGAUGGGUAUGCAAAGUGUGGAGAUGUGAUUUCAGCACGAGAAGUGUUUGAUUUGAUGCCAAAGCGUGAUGUUGUGUCAUGGAGUUCUUUGAUUGAUGGGUAUGUUAAGGUUGGGGACUAUAGGGAGGCCUUGGUAGUAUUUGAGAGAAUGCGGGUUGCGGGGCCUAAAGCAAAUGAGGUGACUAUGGUGAGUGUUUUAUGUGCAUGUACACACUUAGGCGCUCUUGAGCAAGGGAAGGUCAUGCAUCGCUAUAUGGUUGAUAAUAAGUUGCCGUUAACUUUGGUGUUGCAAACAUCACUUGUGGACAUGUAUGCAAAAUGUGGGGCGAUAGAGGAUGCUUUAGGUGUGUUUCGUGGGGGUUCGCUGCACCGAUCUGAUGUGUUGAUGUGGAAUGCAAUGAUUGGAGGACUUGCAAUACAUGGAUUAGUUCAACAGGCACUUGAAAUUUUUGCGGAAAUGCAAAUAAUUGGGAUUGUCCCAGAUGAGAUAACGUACUUGUGCUUGUUGAGUGCUUGUGCCCAUGGGGGAUUAGUAAAGGAAGCAUGGCAUCUCUUUGAAUGUCUUGGUAAACAUGGUAUGAAACCCAAGUGCGAGCACUAUGCUUGCAUGGUGGAUGUUUUAGCACGUGGAGGCCAGGUAACAGAGGCAUACCAAUUUAUAUGUCAAAUGCCCAGGGAGCCAACAGCUUCAAUGCUAGGUGCUUUACUUAGUGGGUGUGUGAACCAUGGAAAAUUAGAUCUUGCAGAAAAUGUUGGAAGGAAGCUUAUAGAGAUAGAGCCAGGUCAUGAUGGUAGAUAUGUUGGUUUGUCAAAUGUUUAUGCUCUUUCCAAACGCUGGGAUGAUGCGAGAAGCCUGAGAGAAGCCAUGGAAAGGAGAGGGGUGAAGAAGUCCCCUGGGUUUAGUAUAGUGGAGAUAUUUGGAACCCUUCACAAAUUUAUAGCUCACGAUAAAUCAUAUCCUGAAUCGGAAGAAAUUUAUAUGACACUAAGUUAUAUUGUGAAUGAAAUUAAGUUUGAUAUGGAUUAUAGAAAUCAAGAUUAUUUUUUGUGUACAAUGGAAAAUUUCUAGUUUCUUUGAGUUUUUUGGAACUCAAACCUGGGUGUUGAGGCCUUUCAAGGAGUAUAUUUCUCGGGAAAAGUCUGAGGAUAAUCAAUCUAUUCCUUCAGAUUGGUCUAGUCAUCACAAGCUCAUGCUGGACCGAUAGGAAAACCCCUUCAAUUCUCACAUCAAGUGGACACAAGGCUUGAAAGUUGAUACCUUUUCUAGAUUCGUCAAUUUCUAUGGAGAAGCUGCACUAAUUCCAUCCAUCUGCACUACUCCUAUAUGUCCUGUCUCCAAUGAGUAUCCAUAGAUAAUUGAACAUAUCUUAUUACUCUGUCCUUGGACUGUGGGGUUUUGGUUUGGGGUACAUUUUGGCUACUAGGUGGAUUGAUCAACUAUUCCUACCAUGGAUGACUGGCUGCUCAGAGUUUUACUCACCCAUGUGUGAAUGGAAUUGCAAGAAAAGAAUUACAGAGUUGGAUUCCUUUUACCUUGUGGCAUAUAUGGAAACCCAGGUGUGACUGCCUCUUACAAAGUGUGUGCUGUUGUCAAGGAACGGCUGAGCAUGUAAGGUCAAAAAGUGAGCAAUAUAGUACGCAAGUUUCAACAGAAACCCAUCCUUCUACUUGGUGGGAACCCCCUAAUGAAUAAGAGGUUAAAAUCUACUUUGAUGGUGCUUGUGAACCAGGAGGGAUGGCAGGAUCAGCUGCUGUUUCCAGGGAGUCUUUGGGACGGUUACAUGGUGGAAAGUCAAUAGCCUUCUUUACGUCAUCAGUGUUAUGAGCUGAGACUGUAGCUGCGCGGAAGGGAUUGAUUUGGGCAAAGUCAGAGAUCAAAUAUGGAAACAAUAAUGAGCAACUGUUCAAGUCUGUCACAAAGGAAAUAAGACAGCCAAGGGAAAUUUACCCUUUGAUGAAAGAGAUCUUGCAUGUUCAUGCAGUGUGCAUCUUGGUCGGACGAGAAGAAAAUUCUGCAGUUGAUUGGGCUGCUAGGCAAGCAGAACAGGGGAUAUGCACAGAAAUUGGGUUUAGCAGGCCCCCAUCCUCUCUUGUUCUGAUUUCGGUAUUACAUGGUUUACUAUGAUCUUUACUGUCGAUUGGGGGUUCGUAGUUUCUUUCUAGGGCCUUGUGUUUGCUUCUGUUAUUUUUUCUGGUUGGCGUUAGUUUUCUCCUUUUUCUGGUUUGGAUUUGUCUCUUGCCAUCUGUUUAAUGGAAUAUCAAUUGGACCAAAAAAAA